CUUUCAUUAUCCGAUUGUACCCAAAACUUCAUAUCAGAUCUUGAAGAAAUAACUCCAUGUCUGCAGACUCUCCGGUCAUGAGCCCAUGGCUCGACAGUGAAUCACAAGAUACCCCCAUCCCCAUACCUUACUCUUUCAACCAGAAACUAAUGUUUGUCAUAAUAAUGAUGCUUUUCAUCGUCAUGUGCUUAUCGUUCCUCUUCAAGGACACCCGACAUCCUAACCGCCACAACCGGCCCACCAAUAUCGUCUACAUCAUCAACGACAAUAGACCACUCGCUUCCUGCUCGAGUGGGCUCAACGCAUCAAUAUUAAAGUCACUCCCAUUAUUUGUUUACUCGACUGAAACCAAAACCAAUGCGGAUGUUGUGGAUUGUGCUGUCUGUUUGUCGGAGUUUGAAAACGGUGACAAUUGUCGGGUUUUACCGAAUUGUAAACAUUGUUUUCAUAUUGGGUGUAUUGACAUGUGGUUUUAUAACCAUUCAACUUGCCCACUUUGCCGGUUACCAGUUGAACCAAAGUCUGCACCUGAGCCCGGUUCAAGUGCUUCAUCUAUCGAAACGACGUCAGAGGAGGAUAGGAGGGAACGAGUUGAUGUUAUAAUAGAUGUGCCUGUUAACGAGUCAGUGACGGGGCCAAGUUGAAGAAAUUAAAAUUUUGGAUGGAUUAGAAAAAGUAGUACUUGUUGAAGAAUAUUAUUGUUUUAAUAUCACAAUGGAUCCAAUAUGUGGAGGCUGUACAAU